CUUUACAAAGCGGUAUUAUUUGAUCAAAGUAGGAUAAUAACGAUUAUGUGAAUAAACUUUUUAUAGAGACUCUACAUCAUGGUGUUAUUUAAAACAGAGAAGAAAUUUAAAUAAUGACUGAUUUGUGACAUUGUGAUUCCUUUCUAUAGUUGCUAUACCUAGAUUGCUAUAGAUAUUAUCGAUAUUAUCAUGGCCGGCACUUACAAGAAUUAUAUGAAAUUGUUAGAAUCUUGGCCUCUAGAUAAAUUAAAACCUGGCAGAGACCUUGGUCAGCACAUCCGUGAUCAAGUAAAAAUUACAUUUGUAAAAGGAGAUGCAACCACUACAUUAAAUCGUGAGGUAUGUGAUCGCUAUUAUAUGAGCUUGAAAAGACUUGCUUCCAAUCAAUAUGGACAAACAUAUGCUUGUUCCCGCACUAAUGGUGCUAGUGGAUUAACAAGAGAGCAAUGUCAUUUGGCACUCUCACCAGAACUUUUAGAGUACUAUAAUCUAGAAGACAAAGGAUUUUUUGUACGUAUGUAUUUAAAAAUUAAAAAUAGUUUUUAAUAGUCAGAAGCCUAAGGAGUACAAUGAUCCAAAAGUUGAUACCUAGAAUUUGUUUUGUUCCCAUAAAAGGGCAUUAUGGUAUUAAACAUUGUAGUAGAACCAUUCAUUAUUUAUUACAAAGGCAAAAUAAUGUGACAUGCUUAAAAAAUGCAAAAGGGUACAGUAACUUAGUAAAUGAAAAUGUUGAAAAUACAUCACAUUUACCAGUUAUGGUUAAUGAAGUAUUAGAAUAUUUAGAACCUUUAUCAGGGAAAACUUUUGUAGACAUGACAUUUGGUGCUGGAGGACAUUCAAUCAAAAUUUUACAAACUUCUCCCAAUGUGAAAAUAUUUGCACUGGAUAGAGAUCCUGUUGCACAUGAAUUUGCACAUAAAUUAUCAGAGAAAUAUCCUGGGCAAGUAAUUCCUUUAUUAGGAAGAUUUUCUGAAUUACCACAAUUGCUGUGUCAACAUAAAGUGGAAAAAAAUAGUAUAGAUGGCUUUUUAUUUGACUUUGGUUGUUCAUCAAUGCAGUUUGAUGUUGCUCAAAGAGGAUUUUCUUUAUCGAAGAAUGGACCUUUGGACAUGAGGAUGGAUGGUUUUAGAUGUCCUGAAGAACCUACAGUUGCUGAUGUUUUAGAAAGAGUAACUGAAAUAGAUUUAAUUCAUAUAUUAAGAGUUUAUGGCGAAGAGAAGAAAGCAAAAAAAAUUGCACGUGCUAUUGUUGAAACUCGAUAUAACUUCAGAAGUUUGAAAACUACAGAAGAAUUAGCCACACUUAUUGAGUCUGUUGUUAAUGAAAAAAGGCUUGAUCGUCUUGGUAGAUUUGCUCAUUGUGCUACAAAAACAUUUCAGGCACUUCGAAUUUUUGUAAAUAAUGAAUUGAAUGAAAUUAAUUAUGGGAUUAUUGUUGCUGCAUCAUAUUUGAAAACGAAUGGUCGUUUAGUGACAAUAUCUUUUCAUUCUUUAGAGGACACAGUAGUUAAAAGGCAUAUUUCUGGAAAUAUACAACAUUUCGUUGCUAAUAGAGUACCAUUAAAAUAUGCUGAUUGCAGUAAACAAUUCAGUGCAGAUGAAAUUGACAGCAUUAUGAAAUCACCGUGGAAAAUGUUACAUAAACAUGUAAUAACACCUACACCUGAAGAAAUAGAAGAAAAUCCGAGAUCGCGUUCUGCCAAAUUACGAGCCAUUAGUAAAGUGAUGUAAAAUCUAGUAUCAGUUUAAGUAUGGCAAAUCAUUAUGUUCGUU